GGGCCGCGCGUGGUCCGAGCGGCCUCGCGCGCGCUGGCCCGGGGACGCGUGUGGGGACCGGGCGGCGCGCGGGGGCUGCAGGAAGCGGGGGUAGCGGCGGAGGCGGCCGCUCGGACACCGGCUCGGCUCGGUUAGAGGCACCCGGAAACGGAUCCGAUUCGGUGCCCGCGGGAGCCAGCGUUUAGGAGGGAGCGAGGGCAGCGCGGGCGGUUGCUGAGUAAUCCCCCGCCGCGCCGCAGCCCUGCCCGGCUCCUCCCUCCGCGCCCCUCCCCGCCCCCGCCGCCCGCUGCGCUCGGCUGGGGCAGGUGCAGCCGGGUUCCGGGCGCGCGCGCGCGCGGGGCCGCAGCAGCCGCUGGCCGACCUCGCCCCAGCGACAGCGCAGGGCCUCGCGCCCCAUGGCCGGCUCCGAGCAGCAGCGGCCGCGGCGGCGGGACGACGCAGACUCGGCCACGGAGGAGUCGGCGCCCUUGCAGGACGCCGAGCUGGCCCUGGCCGGCAUCAACAUGCUGCUCAACAACGGCUUCAGGGAAUCGGACCAGCUUUUCAAACAAUACAGAAAUCAUAGCCCAUUAAUGAGUUUUGGAGCCAGCUUUGUCAGUUUUUUGAAUGCCAUGAUGACAUUUGAGGAAGAAAAAAUGCAGUUGGCGUGUGAUGACUUAAAAACUACGGAAAAGCUGUGUGAAAGUGAAGAGGCUGGAGUGAUUGAAACCAUCAAGAAUAAAAUUAAAAAGAAUGUUGAUGUCCGGAAAUCCGCCCCCUCGAUGGUCGAUCGGCUUCAGAGGCAAAUCAUCAUAGCUGACUGUCAGGUGUACCUGGCCGUGCUUUCAUUUGUAAAACAAGAAUUGUCAGCUUAUAUAAAAGGUGGGUGGAUCCUUAGGAAAGCCUGGAAGAUUUACAAUAAAUGUUAUCUGGACAUCAAUGCACUCCAAGAGCUGCACCAGAAGAAGCUAACUGAAGAGCCCUUGACUUCUGACGCUGCAAAUGAUAAUCACAUUGUGGCUGAAGGGGUGUCUGAGGAAUCUCUGAACAGACUGAAAGGUGCUGUGAGCUUUGGAUAUGGCCUUUUUCACCUUUGCAUAUCCAUGGUGCCCCCAAACCUGCUCAAAAUCAUCAACCUGCUGGGUUUUCCUGGAGACCGCCUACAGGGGCUUUCUUCACUGAUGUAUGCGAGCGAAAGUAAGGACAUGAAGGCCCCUUUAGCUACAUUAGCUCUGCUUUGGUACCACACUGUAGUCCGCCCUUUUUUUGCCUUGGAUGGCAGUGAUAACAAAGCCGGCCUGGAUGAAGCUAAGGAGAUUCUUCUCAAAAAAGAAGCUGCUUAUCCAAACUCUUCCCUCUUUAUGUUUUUCAAGGGACGGAUACAGCGACUGGAGUGUCAGAUCAACAGUGCCUUGACUUCCUUCCACACAGCUUUGGAGCUCGCAGUGGACCAGAGAGAGAUCCAGCAUGUCUGUCUGUAUGAAAUCGGGUGGUGCAGCAUGAUCGAGCUCAACUUCAAAGACGCAUUUGAUUCCUUCGAGAGGCUGAAAAAUGAAUCCAGGUGGUCACAGUGCUACUACGCCUAUUUGACUGCAGUGUGUCAGGGAGCCACGGGGGAUGUGGAUGGGGCACAGAUCGUCUUUAAAGAAGUUCAAAAACUCUUCAAGAGGAAAAACAACCAGAUUGAGCAGUUCUCAGUGAAAAAGGCAGAGAGGUUCCGGAAACAAAGUCCGACUCAAGUGCUGUGUGUGCUGGCUUCCAUCGAAGUGCUGUACCUCUGGAAGGCCCUUCCCAACUGCUCCUUCGCCAACCUACAGAGGAUGAGCCAAGCUUGCCAUGAAGUGGAUGAUCCGUCUGUGGUUGGAUUAAAGUAUUUGCUUCUUGGUGCCAUACAUAAGUGUCUGGGAAACUCAGAAGAUGCUCUGCAGUUCUUUCACCGAGCUGUUAAAGAUGAAUUGUGUCGUCAGAAUAACUUGUAUGUUCAGCCAUAUGCGUGCUAUGAACUUGGCUGUCUUCUGAUAGACAGGCCAGAGACUGUAGGAAGAGGCAGAACUCUUCUUCUUCAAGCAAAGGAGGAUUUCUCUGGCUACGACUUUGAGAACAGACUCCACGUCCGCAUCCAUGCUGCUCUGGCCUCCCUGAGGGAACUGGUUCCUCAGUGAUGGGCCUUGAGGAAGCCUGCCCUGUCCCUCUCCUUCCGGGGACCCCCACCUUAUAAUAAAAGCAGAGGACAAAGCUCACAUGAAGAUCGGCUUUUCUUCCGAAAACCACGUGUGCCAGGGACAUAUUUUCCCAGUUAAGCUGACCCAUUAAACAUGUCCUCUUUCAAACAGUUUGCCGAAGGGUGGCCAUGGUAAUAAUGAUGGUGAUGCUGAGAAAGUGACCACCUCGGGAGAAGGUUAAGUGACCUUGUUUAAGCAUUUUAGGUUUUUUGACUCUUAUUUUUAACAUAAAAUUCAACUAAGCAUUCCGGCUGUGAUCUUGCAGGGGCGCCUGGCUGAAGCACACCUGGGGAGGGUGACGUUGAGAGGCACCUGUGAGAUGUGCAGGAUCAUGGCAUUGCAUUUAUAUUGUGUUUUGAAAAAUAAUAAAAGCACUUGCUAGUGUUUUA